GACUGUACUGCUGGAAAAGGAUAUUUGAUGGCCCGAACCCUUCAUCGACGUGUAAUAGAGGCUGGCCUAGACAAAGGUCUUUGUCUUCGCAGUUACGGAACAGGGCAGGAAUAAUACUCAUGGCAAUGAGUGAAAAAUGCCUUUGUACUUUUCAGGGCAUCGACCGAGGAUAUCGCAGUAGUGAGCACUGGUUUCCUUUAUGUCGCUCCUCAAACUAAUUUUCAUUGUAACAAAGAAGCCAGUGGCAAUCUUUGAUUCUUUCGUUACUGAACUCAUAAAAGACGGACUGAUACCCUCUGUUGCUAUCACCAUCAUUGAACCCUCGAAGAUGUCAGAACCCACCAACGUAGACAACAAAGUCGUCAUCGCAGAGCGAGGCGACCAGCGUAUCGCCAUACCCAAGACUGCCUUUGUAAAAAGGUCAUACUCUUCUUUUCAAGCCUACGCAAACCAACAGCUUGAUACGGUCGGCACUCUCGUCACACGGUCGCUCAUAGGCUACGAAGGACAGGACAUGCACGUCCCGAAGCGAGACUGGACAGAGGUGCAACCACUGAUCCACUCCGUGCAAAUACAAUCACCCCCCCCGCCAAACACGGGGACCUGGGAUGCGGUAUUGAAAGCUAUGACCUAUGUGGUGAUGAUCAUGGCUGCCAUGAUAUUCGGAAAAUUUAUCGGUUUUUUUUGAAGUGAUGACUCAAACCAACGUUGAUAUAUGUAUUCGCGACGUUUGUUUUGUUAUGUGAUUGACGAUUCAAUGACAUGUGUGUGUAUGUAUACCAUCCUUCCUCUUUUCGUCACGCUCCGCAAGUCGUCUUGAGGGGGUAAAUACUAUUGACUCUUUCACACCAAACUGCUUUCUUUGCCACUUUGCCUUUUUCGAUAACAUUGCCGG